CAAGCCAUCAAAGAUCCAACUAGCGUACUUCUCUGAUGGCCUUAGCGUUGACCAUGAUCGCAGCAACGAUCCCGCGGCUUUCUUCGCUUCCUUCGAAACCAAAGGUGCGGAGAAUCUUUCAAACCUCAUCACUCACCUAAAGGAGCACGAUCGAAGCUUCUCGUGCUUGAUCGCAAAUCCUUUCAUGCCGUGGUCAGUGGAUGUUGCCGUUUCUCAUGGAAUUCCUUGUGCCAUAUUUUUCCCCCAAGCUUCGGCUCUUUUUUCCAUUUACUGUCGCUAUGCAUGCAAAACGAACUGUUUUCCUGACAUGGAGAAUCCAAAUGAGACCCUUCAGCUACCAUCACUGCCAACGUUGCAGGUUCGAGAACUUCCCAGCUUUUUGCUCCCCUCUUGCCCUCCCUACCACAAGAAAUUGGUUACGGAUUUUGAACCAAUCUUGGACAAAGUGAAAUGGAUUUUAGGAGCUUCCGUUUACGAGUUUGAAGAGGAGAUAGUGAACUCCAUGGCUUCACUGAGACCUAUUCUCACCAUUGGACCCCUUGUGUCACCUUAUUUGUUAGGACAAAAAGAGAGUGAAGAUUUUGAUGAUCUUAGUGUAAAUUUGUUGAGGCCAGAAGAUUCUUGUCUACAAUGGCUUAACGAUAAGGCAACUAGUUCGGUUAUCUACGUGGCAUUUGGUAGUUUAAUGGAACUUUCACAGAAGCAAAUGGAUAACAUCGCAAUUGCUUUGAAGAAUACAAAGAAACCGUUUCUCUGGGUGAUUAGGCCACAGAAGGGUGGUGCUGAAUUGCCACAAGAGUUCUUGGAAGAAACGAAAGAAAAGGGAUUAGUGGUGACGUGGUGCCCUCAGGCAAAUGUGCUAAUGCAUCCUGCAGUGGCUUGCUUUGUAAGCCACUGCGGCUGGAACUCGACCCUGGAAGCUGUGACGGCCGGCGUACCGAUAGUUGCCCUUCCCAACUGGUCAGAUCAACCCACGAAUGCUAAGCUUGUAGAAGAUGUGUUUAAGACUGGGGUGAGGAUGAGGAUUGGGGAAGAAGAAGAUGGGGUUGCGAGCGCACAAGAGGUUGAAAGAUGUAUUACGGAAGUCAUGGAGGGCACCAGGGCUGAAGAGAUUAAGAUGAGAGCAGUGGGGCUAAAAGAAGCUGCACGGAAAGCGAUGGUGGAUGGUGGUUCGUCAGAUAGAAAUAUCAAUCGGUUUGUCACCGAAAUUUCUGGGAAAUUCACUUAGAAUAAUAAGUUUCAUUUGGAUAAUACAGUCUUUUUGUAAGGGCGAAGAAAUUGAGUACAGAAAGAAUUAAUAGUAUUAGAUAGAAAUAAAAAAAUAAAAGAGAAUUAAGGAAGAAUUAAAGAAGAGAGACAGGGGAGAAAAUAAAUUUAUUGAUAGAA